CAGCAAUGGCGGCCGCCGGUGAUGACCGAGCCGCGGCGGAUGUGUUAAAAUCUCUGGCUCGCCAUUUAAACUGUUUAAACGAAGACAACAAAAGCGCGAGAAAGCGAGCUCUAGAUGCGGUUAGGAGAGAAACCGUCGAGCAGCGGUUAUCCAGCGGCGUGAUGCAGGAGCUUCUCGGCUGUUUGCUGAAGCCGCUGCUAAAGUGUCUGUCAGAUCCAGCAGAGACGUGCAGGGACGCUUCAAUCCAGAUCAUCGCAGGAUUUAUCAGGGCUGUCCCCAAACCAGAGGACUGUCUGCCGUAUCUGAUCCCCGCGCUGGCGCAGAGGCUCGGCGGAAAGGAGAUCCUGGAGCCCGCGGAGGAGCUCAGACUGGCGCUCGUGGAGAUGCUCUCUCUGCUGGUGGAGGUGUGCGGGAAGCAGAUCGCCCCUUACCUGGAGGACUUGAUCAAAAUCCUGCAGAGGACCAUCACUGAUCCUUUCGCUGAAGUCAAGAAGGAGAGCUGUAGAUGCACCGUCAGCGUAGCUCAGUGUAUUCCUGAACAUUUCCAUCUUCAGGCUGAGAGUCUUCUGAAGCCCCUGUUGCAGACUAUUUCUCACCAGCACUCCCAAGUGAGAGUUUCUGCCACACAGGCCAUCGGUGCAGUCGUUCAGUACAGCGCAGGCAAGAAUGUGGAUGAGGUUUUGUCCCACUUGGCACAGAGAUUGUUUGACGACUCGCCACGGGUGAGGAAGGCUGUUGCUGUAGUUGUUGGUGAUUGGCUUCUCCGUCUGCCGGACAGAUAUUCCUACUUCCACAAGCUCAUCCCGCUGCUUCUGACCAGCAUCAGCGAUGAGAUCCCUGAAAUAAGGUCUCUUGCUGAAAACUCAUGGAAGCAAGUAGGAUCUCAGUGGGAGAAGGAAAAUGAGGAUGAUCUGAAGGAUAAGAUGGACUUCCAGCUGCCGUCACCUGCUCUCUACACAUGUGGAGGAGAACGUCCGGGGCUGGGCUGCAGGGAGCUGGUUGUGAGGAAUCUGUCUAAGCUGCUUCCUGCCAUGGGUCGGGACAUUGGUGACUGGUUGGUGCAGACGCGGGUGAAGACAGUGCAGCUGCUGCGGGUUCUGCUUCUGCAUGCUGAAGAUCACUGUACUCAACACAUGCAGACGCUGCUCACACUGCUGUAUCACGCCUGUGCAGAUGCUGAGACUGACGUCAGGACACAGUGUUUGGAGUCAGCCAAGCUCCUGGGAGCGUUUGUUAGUCCAGAGGUUUACCUCAAGUUACUCUUACCUCACAUUGAAGACUCCAGUUCCAGCUCAUCUGCCUCUCCUGGGGCUCCGCUCAUGGUUCUGGGGGCCGUAUUAUCUGGAAGUUCCAAAGAGACGCUACGACCCCACCUGGUAAAAAUCGGAGACACACUCGCCCAGCCUGAAGUCUGCCUGGGAUCCCAGCAGGUGCUGUAUGUGGAUCAGCUGCUGGUGUGUGUGGAUGCAGUGCUGUGUGUGGGUCAGCAGGACUGUGAUGUCAUCAGUCUGCAGCUGCUCAAGGUUCUGGUGUCCGCUCAGAGUGUCGCCUCACAACAUGAACAGCACAGCAAGGCAGAGGAGUUGUUGAGGAGUGUGUGUGCAGCUCAGUCUCUUGGUGGAGUGUGUGAUCUGUACCGUCAGCACAUGGCAGAUCUCCUCCAAUGGCUGUCAGACUCCCAUCAGACCUGGACCAGCUUCUCCAUACAGAAAACCCAGCUGGAGAUCAUCGCCCUGCAGUCCGGUCCUGUGGUGGGCGAGUUUCUUCCAGCUCUCCUGCCUCUGUUGAAGAGCUGUGUUGACCCCAGCCGAGAGCCUGAGAUGAGACUGCACAUCUUUACCAUGCUGUCCAAACUACUGCUGGACGCCAGAAACACACUGGACUCGCAGGGGCGGUUUGGUGAACACAUGGAAAUGGUCCUGAAGGAUUUGUUGAUGCCCAAUCUGGUGUGGCGUUCGGGUCGAUCGGCUGCAGCUGUCAGAACCGCUGCUCUCAGCUGUCUGUUAGCUGUCCUACAUGGAGAGGCUUUCCCAGCAGAGCAAGUGGUGUCAGCGGUGGACUCUCUCUCCUCUCUGCUGAUCUCUGCACUGGAGGAAGACUCAAAACUGGCUCGUCUUCUGGCCUGUAGAUCUCUUACCUCCCUGCUGAAGAUCACGGCACAGCAGAUCAGCACUGACCAGCUCAACCAAAUCUAUCCAGAGCUGCUGAAGCGUGUGGAUGACAGCAGUGAAGACGUGCGUGUGGAGGCUCUCAAGUCUCUGAGCAUGUGGUUCUGCUCUCUGGGGAAAAACUACGACAUACAGUCCAACCGUCCACACCUGGAUCUCCUGUUCCAGCAGCUGCUGCUCUACAUGGACGACCCUGACACCACAGUCCAGGACACAGUGCUCGAUGUUCUGAAGGUGGCGAGUGCAGUGGACCGAGAUCUCUUACAGCAGCAGACGGAGAAUGUGAGAGAGAAACAGCGCAGCCCAGAGUACUGUGACAAACUCCUGCAGCACAUACACUCAUUAUGAAUUUGA